AUAUGCGUAAUCUUCACCCGCCAAAUAACACCUCCACUCUCAUUACUUCUCCUUCUCCUCCUCCUCCUCCUCAUCCGAUCGGUAUGUCGAUGUUCACCAUUCACAUUGAAAGAGGGAAUGCCCUCAGGCGCUUACUGUUGCCAAUAGCUAACCUUUCCAAUACUGCUCAAAUCAAUUGCUCAAUCCCAUGUUUGUCCUUUGUGGUUUCUCCUCGCAAUAACUUCAUUGUAGUGCUUCGGAUUUUUCCUGCAUUCUUCACUUCCUACCAAUUUAAUCCCAACUACGCCGGCAACUACACUUCUUUUCAUGCUAAAUUGUACCUUAGACUCUUGCACACUAAUAUCUCUAAUAUGUUCACAGAUGAACUUUCCGUUACUAUCUAUCUCAAUCGAUUUGAGUCCACCAUUCCCGUCAGAUUUUACGAACCUCGUUCGGGAUAUUUGCAAUUCUCAGCAUUGUUAUUGGCACGUGCUCGCCGAAUACCUAUGUACCCAGUUGAUAUGGGUGUUUUCUUUGCAAUUCGUUCAGAUGAAUUCCUGAAGAUUCUCACCGACUUACGUGUGUUGUCCGGCGAGUAUUUUGUGAUUUAUGUCUCAACGACGAAAGCCCUGUUCAAAUCUUUAAGACGGGAAAUUGCUUACAACACACGGGAUGAUGAGAACAUGAUGGUAAUGGGGGGAGUUCCAACGGGAGGAGCAAGACAAUUCUUCCUAAUAUGUCCAUCUCCGUUGCAUUUUUUCUAUUACACAGCUUCCAUCUCCAAGAUGGUUUGGUUCUUCAUUGCAGCUGAAAAUCAUACCCGCCAUUUUUUGAGUUGCUGUGUCAAUAUACAUGCUUCCUAUCUUGUUUGUUUCUGAUUCUAUAUGCUUUCAUUUCUUCAUAUAUGCUCUACUUCAGAUGUUUGGGAAUAUUGAACUUUUGAUCACCAUAUAUUGAUCACCAAAAUUAGUUGUCUCGUA